AUGAAUAUAAUACAUGAUUCAGAUUUAUUGCAAAGCAAUGAGUACACUUUAAGUUCUCAUAGUCAUCUAGGAGAAAGUGCCGAUGUCACUAGACGUAGAAGUUCAAAUCGUUCCAUUAAGCGAAAAAAGUUCGAUGAUGAAUUAGUGGAAUACAGCCUUGGGAUGCCCGGGAUUUCUAACAUAAAGGGCGGUAGAUCUCGCACUCAAUCAGCUCAUUUAGAACUUGGUGUAGCUUCACCUUCUACGCCUCCCGUUGUUCCACCUCAACCAUCUACUUCUCAAAUCUUCAUAGAUCACAAAAGAAAACAAGUGUCAAAAAAUGUAUUAGCUUCUUCAAAACGAGGAAAGAAAAGUGGAAGACUUGGAGGGCAGUACACUGCUAAAGACUUGGGAAGAUGGAAGCCAGUGGAUGAUUUGGCUUUGAUUAUUGGAGUACAACAAACCAAUGAUUUGCGCACUGUUCACUUAGGUACAAAGUUUUCCUGUAAAUUCACUGUACAAGAAUUACAACAAAGAUGGUACGCUUUGUUAUAUGAUCAAGCAGUCUCGAGAGUAGCAGUUUCUGCCAUGAGGAAUCUUCAUCCUGAUAUGAUUGCUGCUGUACAGGAUAGAGCUCUUUGGAGUCAACAAGAGGAGAAAAUUUUAAGUACUAUCAAAUCUAAUACAACUACUCCUCCCACUGUAGAAACUUUUGCAGAACUCCUUUCUCAACAUCCUUCCAUCUUUUACACUGGCCGUACUGCCGCCUCCUUGUUCCGCCACUGGCAGAGUCUUAAGAUGUAUAAUCUCUUACCAGAUCAGACAUUGGGACCUCUUCCUACCUCAGCUCGACCAAUUGUAACUUUUAAUGAUGCAGAAGAAAUUGUGCAAGAUUCUGAUCUAACUGAACCUCCUGAUGAGGGAUUGGAUAGGGAAAUGAAACUCCAACAGAGAAGGAAUUUGAAAGAAAUUAGGCAACUGGAAAAUGAGAUUGGUCGAUGGAACGUGUUAGUUGACAGCGUAACAGGAAUAUGUCCCGGCAAUUUAGACAACCAAACAUUAGCCGUUCUUCGGGGAAGAAUGGUUAGGUAUCUAAUGCGAAGUAGAGAAAUCAGUAUUGGAAGAUCAGGCAAGGGGCAUGUUGUUGAUAUUGACUUGGCUCUUGAAGGACCGGCACAUAAAGUUUCCAGGCGACAAGGUACUUUAAGGCUACGAAAUACCGGAGAAUUUUAUCUGUCCUCGGAAGGCAAACGACCAAUAUUCGUUGAUGGCAGACCGAUCACGGCCGGAAACAAAACUCGUCUCUACGAUAAUGCCGUCGUCGAGAUAGCUUGUUUAAGGUUCAUCUUUUCGAUAAACCAAGAUUUGAUUAGAUCUAUUCAUAACGAAUCUGUUAGAUACGGCUUACCGCCAUAA